AUGAAGUGCAUUGUUCUAGUCGCUCUUUCGUGUGUUGCAACAAUCAACGCUCAGCCUCUGGGCAUGGGUGGUAUGGGACUCGGUCUCGGCGGGAUGGGAAUGGGGCUGGGUGGAAUGGGAACAGGUAUAGAGGGGAUGGGUGCCGGUCUAGGUGGGGUGGGAAUGGGUCUGGGUACUGGUUUGGGAAUGACUGGACUGGGAACCGGCCUGGGUGUUGGUUUGGGGGGAAUGAGCGGAGGAUAUGCAAACGGCGCCGGCUACGGUGGUCAGCAGUUCGGAUAUGCUAACGGCGCCGGCUACGGUGGACAGCAGUUCGGUGCCGGUGCUAGUGGUGUUGGCAACCAGGGGUUCAAUACAGCUGGCGUCAAUGGUUUUCACAAUCUGGGUGGCCACAACAAUAGGGUAUUAUCUAUAAACCAAGCGGACAGUUCUGGCUUCCACAACGUUGGCGGUGGAUCUGCCUUGAACAAUGGCGGGUACGCUGGCAACGGGUACAACGGAUAUCAAAAUGGUGCCUCACAGUUCGGCAAUGGCUUCGGUGCGGGUUCUCAAGGAAUGAUCAUAUAG